CUGCCAAUGCAUUCCAAUUGGUGCCACCACGGCGCAAACUACAACACCUCUUCAACACCCUCCCUAACCACCACUCCGCGCUUAAAAAUAUCGCAAUACCGCUCUGACAAAGAUAUAUACGCCUUGACCACACAGCACAAGAACAAAAACAACACCAACAAAAACCCCGAGGAAUCCCCUCGGAAAGAUAUAGAAUCCAUCACACGUGACCUCGAACUCCACUAUCAAGCCCUAGACCCGCCGGCCCGCGAGCUAGCUCUCGUCCGCGAUCUCGUAAACGACUGGAACGACCGGCGUCUCCUUGCACUCUGGAAGUGCUUCGAGCACCACCCCCGACGCCCAUUCAAGGUCGUGCAUGUGAUGGGAUUAGAUUUCGGCGAGGCGGAAAUGGGAACGGUGAUUAGGCGUGCGCUGCGCAGGCUGCAGAGGCAUCCGCAGAAGGAGCGUUUGGUGGUGGUGGCGAGGGCGCUGCACAAGGCUGGGAAUGGAGAUGUGGUGUUGGGGCUUGAGGAUCCGCGGUAUGUGUUGAAUUGUCGGGAUGGGGAGGAGGAGGAGGAGGUGGUGGUGGUGGUGGUGUAG